AUGGAAAUGUUUCGCGUAGCUAUUACUCUUGCCAAUCGCUACAAGAUCUAUGUGGGUGGUAAUCCUAUCAAUUAUACUAUUCUUCAGACAAAUACAAAUUAUAAUGGUUUUGCUGAACUUGAGCUUGUCUGUCGAUUAAUUAUUAAUACAACAGAACACGAUGUUCUAGGUAUUGUCGGACCAACAAGUUCAACUAGUACGCGCUAUCUUGCUCCAUUUGCGACACAUAUAGGUUUACCCCUUGUUUCUUACAUUGCAAGUACUGCUGAUCUUGACAAUAAAUCUAACUAUCCAACAUUUUAUCGUACUAUUCCUUCGGAUAUUCUUACAGCUGAAGCUAUUGUGAAAUUGUUCAAAUAUUUUUCGUGGAAAACUUGUUCAAUGAUUAUUGGAAAUAGUGAUUAUGGUUAUGGUGGAUUGAAACUAUUAUUAGAAAAUUAUUAUGCAAAUUUGUCUAUUGAAGAGCGAUUAGUAUUUGAUCCACGAGUCGAUAAAUUUAAAGCUGAUUUAAAGCAAACAUUAGAAAAAAGUCGAUCUCGUAUUGUACUAGUCUGGGCUAAUCAUAGUUCAUCUACAAGAAUUAUUCAACAUGCACUUAAUGCAAAACUUCUCGGUGCAAACUACAUAUGGAUAACAACAAAUAUGAUUGAUUUCAAUGCAUUUGAACCAUAUGAGCGGCUUAAUUUAAAUGGUAUUUUUACUGUAAUACCUUUUAUAGGCAAUAGUAGUGCCAUUGGUGUUAACGAAACAUUACAAAAAGAGGCUUUCAAUAUCUGGCGUAAUUUAUCACAUGAUAGAGGCAAUGUUCCAGAACAUGUAUCUUCUGUCAGUCUAGAAGCCAUGUAUACAUUUGAUGCUGUUUGGGCUUUAAUCCAAGCAUUAAACAAAUCAACGCUUAACAAUACAUCACCAUCAAUGAAGAAAUCAUCGACUUGUUUUAAUAGUUUCUUACAAAAUCAUGAUGAGUAUUUUAUGCAUCUAAACAAUACAAGUUUUUUCGGUGCGUCAGGACAUAUUCAAUUUUCUAAAAUUAAUUCAAGUGAUCGUAUCUAUGGUGCCAUGUAUGGACUUUACAAUGUACAAUCGACGACGUUGAAAAACAAUAGAGGAGACAGAGAACCCACCUAUAGAAAAGUAUUGACAUGGUAUGAAACAACUCAUAAUUGGACGAAUUCUACUAAUGAAGACAAUAGUUACAUCAUCUGGCCCAACAAUGAAACCACACAAGUGCCUGGUGAUUAUCCACAACUUCGAGGUCAAUCUUUACGAAUUCUUGUUAUUGAUGCACCUCCAUUCGUUAUAGUACACAAUUCUUCGAUUCCCAAGCAAUUGUCAACAGAUGCUAAAACAUCAGAACGAAUCCGUUCUAAUUCUGUUCCUCUAGGAACUAAUGAUUCAAACAUUCUUAUUUAUGGAUUUGUUGCUGAUCUUAUUCGUGAACUUGCAACGCGUAUGAAUUUUACUUAUACAAUUAAUGUUGCUGAUCCAUCAACGGGCUAUCAUUCGCUUGUUGCAUUGGUAGCAGAAGAUAAUCGUCAAUAUGAUAUUAUUUUAUCUAAUAUUGCAAUGACUUCAGAUCGUAUGAUUAAAGUUGACUUUUCAACACCUUUUCAUGAAGAUACUUUCCGAAUUAUUACUCGACUAAAUCCAUAUUCAUCAUCACUGAGUCUUUUCUCAUGUUUUAAUCCAUUCACUUGGGAUGUAUGGGUAGCAAUAUUUGCAGUUAUUAUUUAUUCCAGUAUUAUUAUUUGUGUUUUUGAACAUCAAUAUAUAAAUAUUGAAAAUAAUCAAUCUGAAUUAAAGACUAUUUUUAUUGGUAUAUGUCAUGGAUUGACCAGUAUUUUAACGACGAAUAGUGAUAUACGUUUAACAACGAUUUCAAGUCGAUUAACAAUUUUAGGUUUAUAUGCAUUAGGCAUGAUUCUUAUUGCAAUAUAUACAGCUAAUUUUUCGUUUUUUCUUACAUUAAACCGUGAUCAAUCAUUUAUCACUGGUAUUGAUGAUAUCAAAAAUGGUCUUUUACCUUUUUCACGUAUUGGUAUUACGACUAAUUCAGCUGUAUCCGAUUAUUAUAUAAGAAAUAUUUCUACUCAUUACUAUUCUCUUUCUAGUGUUGAAGAAAUAUACUCACGAUUACUUGAUCAUACCAUUGAUGCAUCUAUAUGGGAUUCAUCUAUACUUGAAUAUGCUGUUAACAAUUACUAUUGUAAUGAAUUAAUUGUAACUGGUAUUGGUUUUGUUAAAUCAUCAUUUGCAAUUGUGUUACCUAAAAAAUGGCUAUACACGAAAGAUUUAGAUGUCAAUAUUGUGUCAUUACGUGAAUCACAAAAAUUAGAAUUAUUUGAAAAGAUCUGGAUGAAUCAUCGAGAAUGUUCAUCAUCAUCAUCAUCAAGUAGUUUGAAUCAUGUUGAUGGUCCAAAAAGUAUCGGUGGUUGUUUACUCAGUGCAGUCGGUCUUCCAUGA